AUGAAUCCAUACUCUCCUAUGUUCACUAGCGCACCCUUUCGUAGUGUGAACCAAACAAGCCAAGUAAUCGCACACAUUGGACGAACACAAAUACAAGCGCUAUUAAACAAAGAACAUGCACAGACGUUAUUAUACAUAGACACACCAGGAGACUUCAUAAUCGAACGCAGUUUGUUUAAGAUUCGAAUGAUGAAUUCGAAUCGAAAUGUACUGCGUCCAACACAUAACCGACUUCCGCUGACAGAUGUAUCAUCAGAUAAAAUAUUUAUUAAUACAAACAAGACAAAAUUAUGUACUAAUUUUUCGUUACACCAACAAGAGAAUGUGAUUCCAAUAUCAUCAAGGCCAAUUCUAACAGCAGCACGUUCAAUAAAAAAACAUCUCAUACAGAUCAAUGAUGAUAAUCGAAUGCAUAUUUCGCCAAUGGUUACAACCAUUAGUAAGGCAAAUAUUGUCGUUUUACCAAAACAAACAGUAUUUGAAGAAAAAACUCGUGAACAGCUGGAACAGGAGCUAUACGAGCUACCUGAUUAUCGUCAAACAAUUUUUGAACAUUUAAAAUCAGUAGAGCAUAUUUAUGCUCCUAAAAUGAACUUUAUGGAAUAUCAAUCGGAUAUAAAUUCGGCAAUGCGUACAAUACUUGUCGAUUGGCUGAUUGAAGUAGCCGAUGAAUACAAACUAAACGAUGAAACACUUUUUCUGUGUGUACAAUAUGUUGAUCGGUUUUUAUCAACAGUUAAUGUAACACGAUCAAAAUUACAAUUAGUUGGUACAACUUGUAUGUAUGUGGCAUCGAAAUACGAAGAAAUGUAUCCACCAGCAUUAGAUGAGUUUUCAUUCAUUACAGACAAUACAUAUGAAACAAAACAUAUACUUCGGAUGGAACAAAUUGUAAUGAAAAUGCUCAAUUUUUCUCUUUCUGGACCUACAUGUUAUACAUUUGUACAAUAUUACUUGACAUUUUUUAAACCAACAAUAUCAACUAAAGAUGGUGAUAAUGAUUAUAAAUGUUUAAUGAUGUUGACAAGUUAUUUAUGUACACUAUCACUGUUACAAGAUCGUCCAUUUUCAUCAUACCGUUCAUCGACGAUAGCAGCUAGUUGUCUUCUCUAUGCUAAUCGUCUUUUGAAAACUGACGCAAUAUGGACAAAUCGUCAUAUACAAAUAACAUCCUAUACGCAACGUGAUUUAAAUGACUGCGUAUUUGCAAUUGGCGAACUUUAUAUGAAAACAUUUCAUCAAGAUCAAGCAACAUUAAGUAUACUUCGGCGUUAUUUAAAAAAUAAAAAAGACAAUGAACAUUAUGAACGUCGAGUUAAAGAAAUCAUACAUGUCUCAUUAUCGAAAAUAGGCAACGAAGGUGACAAUGAUGAAGUAAUUGAUUUAACAUUUGAUGAUAUUGAUGAAGAAAAUAUGAGUAUGGAACAUCAUCGAUAA